AUGAAUCACCCAGAUGACGCGUUUCUGAUGAGCUCUGAAAUCGAAGACGAUCUUGUGAUCGAAGAAGAGCAAGACCGUGAAGCCACCCCAUCCGAGCCCUCCACAUCAUCUGCAAAUUCUUCGAAUGUAUACAAUUUGGACAUUGAAAUAGACAGGAUCCUGAAUACUCCGUGGUACGAUUUGACUCCGGACCAAGCGGAAGUGAUCCACCGUCUCGUCUCGAGAAGUGAAGCGCUCAGUGACGUGGACCUGCGGAAUUCAAUUGAAGAUUCGUUGCUGGAACUGGCAAUGAUUCGCGGUCGGAAUGCGGAACUUUCUCAGCAAAGUGAGUUUAGUUUACACUCUGAAAACAUCUGCUUCUAUUUCAGACUAG